AUGGACAUCCAAACCGCCGCCCCAUCCUCCGCCGCCGCGAAGACUGCCUUUCUCAUCAUCAACUGCCUCAUACUCGCCGUCGGAAACACCGCCGGUCCUCUGAUCAUGCGACUCUACUUCAUCCACGGCGGCAAGCGGAUCUGGUUCUCCAGCUGGCUCGAGAGCGGCGGCUUCCCGGUCAUCCUCAUCCCCCUCGCCGCCUGCUACGCCCGCCGCCGCCGUGAAUCCGCCGGCGCCAGGCUCGUCCUCAUGGACCUCCGGCUUUUCGUCGCCGCGGCGGUGAUUGGCGCCCUGACCGGUCUCGACAACUACUUCUUCGCGUACGGCAUCGCGAAGCUCCCGGUCUCCACCUCCACCCUCAUCAUCGCGUCGCAGCUGGCGUUCACGGCGGCGUUCGCGUUCCUCAUCGUGCGGCAGCGGUUCACGGCGUUCUCCGUCAACUCCGUCGUCCUCCUGACGGUCGGCGCCGCCGUGUUGGGGCUCCACACGAAGAGCGACCGGCCGCCCGGGGAGACGAGCCGGCAGUAUUGGGUGGGGUUCUUCAUGACGGUGGCGGCGUCGGCGCUGUACGGGUUCAUACUGCCGCUGGUAGAGCUGACGUACAAGCGGACGAAGAAGGAGCUGACGUACGCGCUGGUGCUCGAGAUACAGCUGGUUCUGUCCAUCUUCGCCACCGUGUUUUCCACGGUGGGGAUGCUCAUCAACCACGAUUUUCAGGCAAUUGCAGGAGAAGCAAAAGCGUACGGACUAGGGGAGUCGAUAUACUAUGUGGUGGUUGUUUGGGGAGCCAUACUAUGGCAGUGCUUUUUUUUGGGAGCUAUUGGUGUGAUUUUCUACUCGUCUUCGCUGGUGGCAGGCAUUGUCAUGACUGUGGUGCUCCCCGUAACUGAAGUAUUGGCUGUCAUUUUCUUCAAAGAGAAGUUCCAGGCAGAGAAGGGCGUAUCUUUGUUCCUCUCCUUGUGGGCAAAUUCCGACCAACCGACCGUGACAUGGCAAUCGGAAACACAAGGCGGUGACCUCAAAUUCUUCUUUUUUCUUCCUCAAAUUCUCGAAGUCCAUUCCUCUUCUCCACGCCCUCGCUCAGAGCUCCCGACAACCGUCGGCGGCGGCCAGAGGUGGCGGCCUGAACUGAAAACACAAGGCGGUGACCUCGCGGAGUGCGCCGGCGAUGGAAACACAAGGGGAGAGCAAAAUGGGGAAAAAGGUUCGGGUCUCAACUACGAGUUCUCGGCUCUCGAUUCUGGGAAAAACGAGCCCGAUUUGCUGCAGCCUGGACACCCAUACGGGCUCGAAAGCUGCUCGACUGCCACUGCUCGAGCUCCCAGUGGCCGCUCGGAACAAAGGUGCCUCAGCCCGCUGCCUUCGAUCACAGACGCCGACUCUCGUUUACGUCGGGUCGAGAGUUUCGGCCCCGAACAGUUCGUCGGGAAAUUUGCGGCUAACAGGACGAAAUUGGCUCACCUCGUCGAAAGAAAAAGGACGCUCGGCGACUGCUUGCUCACGGCUACCGCCGGUGGUGAAACGACGGCGGCUGAGGGUGGAUGUUCGUGGCUGAUCGACGGCGACUCUCAUUGGUCGCUCGCGAAUCUGGUCUCCUGGUUCGUCUUUGAUGAUGUCCAAUCGCGAGGAAGAUCUCCCGGCGAAUCUGGACACCCGUCGCUCGAGAUAACGAUCCGAGAGACCGGGAACCGGGCGAGGCCGGCCCGGCUAGUGGGGCCGGUUACCACGUCAAUUAGUAGGUGCCGAGCUGAGUAUGAGUCAAAGUCAACUGGAGUGGCGGACCACGUCAUACCCCGAGGUCAGCACCUCAGUGCUCCCGUUAUGGAGCCGACCAGCUCGGAUAUGGGGUAUGGAAGACCAGAGGACGGGCAGACUGUCAUAGCCCGGCUCGGGAUCCUACCAGCUCGGCCCUCGUAG